AUGUUUCGCUUUGAAGCUAUGUGGACAAAAGAGAAGGGCUGUAAAGAUGUGGUGGAAAGAGCUUGGAGGCUCAGUAAUGCUACUGAUGGAAUGCUUGGAAUCAGUGAAAAAAUUCAGUGUUGUGGUGAGCUCUUAUCUGCUUGGAACAAACAACAUUUUGGUAAUGUAUACACUCAGCUGAAGAAAGCCAAGCAUGAGUCAAAAAGGCUGACAGAGAUGGCUCCGAACAGAUUGUCUCAGGAGUCCAUGUACCCAAAAGCUUAUGUAAAGAACGGAUUCGCCGCCUAUUUUGACCAUAUACCAAUUUCCCUAAUUUUGCGAGAUGACUCAUAA